UUGUAACCUAACAACCUAUACGUAGCGCAGAGCAUAUGACAAAGCCGACUGCUUUAGUUCAAUACAAAAAAAGAACUCUACGUAACUAAACCAGCUUCUCUCUUCUCUUUUAUCUUCAUUCACUUUGGCGUUUCUGUAAUCUCCGGGGGCCGGCCGUAGACGGCGGAGGAAGAGAAAAGAUGGAUCUAGAAAGGUUAGGUGGGCUGACGAUGCAUAUAAUCUUAUCAAAAUUGACGCCUCAAGAUGCUGCAUCUGUAGCUUGUGUUAGCAAAAGGUUUAGGGAUUGGAGCUCUGAUGAUUUGCUAUGGGCAAGAUUCUGUGCCGAUGAUCUUUACCUAUCUUCUCCAAUUGACCCACUUGGAAAUCCCAUGCCAUCUUUCAAGGCAUCUUAUCAAACAUGGCGGGAGGAUUUUAAUUGGUACCCAUGGCCCUUGGUUACUCGAGUUAAAAGAUGUUGGGACAGGCUAAAAGAGUGGCUAGCCAUAAAUUUCCCUGAAGUUUUGUCUACAUUGCGUAAAGGUGCAUCUGAGGAAGAAAUACUGGAGUUGGAGAAGAGUUUGAAAGUGAAGCUGCCUCUACCUACUAGGGUUCUCUACCGGUUUUGUGAUGGUCAGGAACUAACAAGUGAGGAGUCCAGUGGAAGCGUGCCUGGGAAUUUAUUAGGUCUCAUGGGAGGCUACUCCUUUUAUGACCAUCUGGUGAAUGUAACUUUGUUGCCUAUACAUCGAAUGAUAAUAGAAACUAAAGAAAUUAUCAGACAUAUCGGAUUAGGCAAUCGAUCUAAGUAUGUUGUUGUGGCAGCCUCUUGCGGUUACAAUGAAAAGAUUUUCUUUCUGAACUGUUCCAUUGGUCAACUUUAUGUUGGUACAAGGAAUCUCACAACUGAUGGAGAAAUGAUUCCUUGUGUACCGAGUACCUUGAUAAGGUCGGUGCAUAAUGUAAAAGGAACUCAACAACAAGAUGCCAUGCUAUUGUGGCUAGAGGAACAUAUCCGUCGCUUGCAACAUGGCGUGAUCAAAGUCCAUAAAGAAGGAAAAGUGAGAAGUAUCAGUCUUUUUCCAGAAGAGCCUCCACUUUGUUCUCUUGCUGUUACAAAUGGUGUAAAGGUCCGUGCUUCUUCUGUGUUCGUCCCAGAAUUCAGUAUCAUUCAAGAUAAAUAUGAGAAGUUUUUGUUUGCUUAUUCUAUCCGCAUGUCUCUUUCACCUGAAGGAUGCAUAAUGAAUGGGAUGACCUUCAAUUCCUGCCAACUAUAUUGGAGACAUUGGACCAUCCGCUGCAAUGAUAAUAUUGUAGAUGAUGUAAAUGGAGAAGCGGUGAUAGGAAAGUUUCCACUGCUACGACCGGGGGAGGAAGAAUUUGUCUAUGAGAGUUGCACAUCACAAUCAUUUUCACCAGGCUCGAUUGAAGGAGCUUUUACUUUCGUACCUGGAAGAUUAGCAGAUCCAAAAGGUAGUCCAUUCGAAGCUGUGGUGUCAAGAUUUCCCCUUGUGGUGCCGGACUAUAUUUUCUGAUGGAACUCAUUCGAAGUCCACUCUUCUAUGCUAUGCGGUUGUUUUUGUAGUGAAUAAGCACUAUCUUUGCUCCUGUUAUUUAAUGUGUGAUUUUUUUCCUUUUCCCCCUUCCUGUUGUGCUCUGCUUAUAGUGUUUCUUCGGUUUACUGUUAUGUUCUUUUCCUGUGAGGAUAAAAUUAUUUGGACUCCGGCCGAUGUACUGUCUUGUAGUAAAGGAUAUAACAUGUAAUGCCAAACUUUGUGUUGUGCUA